AAAAAAAGUGUUUUUAAUUUAUAAUAGCUUUCAAUCUUCUUCGAUUAUAGAACCUUAUUAGCUAAAUUCUCUCUCGAAUAACAGUUAUUAAAUUUUCUUUUUUGUUUAUAAAAAAACAAAAAAAUGAAUCGUUGGGAGGGAAAAGUUGCUCUCGUUACUGGUGCUUCUACUGGUAUUGGAUUAGACGUUGCCAAGACUUUAUUUAAACGGGGAAUGAUUACUGUUGGAGUAUCAAGAAGGAAAGAAAUAAUAGAGAACGAAAUGAAAAAUGUUAAAGGUAAAGGAAAAUUUUAUGCACUGAAAUGUGAUGUUUCCAAGGAAGAAGAUGUUCUUCAAGUUUUUCAGUGGAUAAAAAAAAAUUUAGGCACUGUCCAUGUUGUUAUCAAUAAUGCUGGUAUUUCAUUCGAGGGAAAUAUAAUAGAUACCAAUCAGGCAAUUUGGGAACAAGUUAUUGGCGUAAAUAUACUGGGAGUAUUAUAUUGCUGUCAACAAGCAAUAAAAAUGUUAAAAGAAUCUGGUGAAGAAGGUCAUAUAAUAAAUAUUAACAGCGUUGAUGGACACAGAGUAGUGCGAACAGUAGGAUGGGAAUCAAAUAUCUAUUGUGGAACAAAAUUUGCAUUAACUGCAUUAACAACGACUUUAGAAUUAGAAUUAAUUGGAAGUAAAAUAAGAAUGACGAGUGUUAGUCCAGGUUUCACAAAAACAAAUUCAUUGAUUAUGGAUAAUAAGGAUGCACCUACUCUAUCGUUGGUGAAUAAUGCGCCUAUCAUGGAACAGGAGGAUAUUUCAGAAGCAAUUAUUUAUAUUUUGGGUACACAUCCACGUGUUCAAAUAACAGAAUUGACAAUUAAACCUCUAGGUGAAAGUUUUUAAUUUUCAUUGCCGAAAGUUGUAAAAAAAAAAUCGAUUAUUUAUAAAAUAAAGUUUCACAUUUAUACAAAAAUUAUUUUAAAUAAUUGCGAAAAAUUUCCCAAAGUUUUUCUUAUUAAAAAUAAAAGGAUCAAGAUUAUAGGAAUGAAGAAAAAAAAACUCCUCUCAUUUGGCUUUUAAAGUUUUUACUUUAUUUUGAUGUUUUUUUUCAAGUUUAAAUCUCUUCGAUAUAAAAUUUGUGUCUAACGAUACCACGCAGUGAACCUUCCAAAUGAGGAUCGUUCCCUACCUUCCCAUCUUAUGUACACGACUAGGUCUAAGGCCGUAAAAGAUAAUUUUUUUUUUUCAACGAUAUCUGACGAUAUGCGAUUCUUUCCUUAGGUACAGAUUUUAAGUUACCUAGUGCAAAUUUAGCACCUUUAAAAAAUAGAACGCAAUGUCGUAGUACCUAAAAGAUAGUUUAACGUGUGGAAGCAGACCUUUCAUUUUUUCCGUGACAAUAAUUAAGAUGCAUUUUUUUUUUCAUUUCUAACAAACACAUUUUGAAGGAUCAACUGAAUACAAGGUUUUGUUAUUUACAAAUUUUUGUCUUAAAUUACAGAAAAUUUUAACAAUUAUUUACGGAUUUUUUUUUUUUUAAUUAAUUUUUAAUCAUUUCUUUUAGUUUUAUUGUUUGUGGAUAAAAUCAUGCUUAUUUUUCUUUACACAAAAAUUUUUAAAUAAAAAAAAAUUGGUAUAGAUUAUUUUUUGUUUUCUAAUGGAAAAACGAUGUCUAAAAUGAAUAAGUAAUUUAACUUGAAAAGCAUUUUGUCAUUUCAUUUGAAUAAUAAGAUAUAUUAAUUUAAAUUUUAUUUAAAACUUAAUGUACAUAUUUUUUUAAAGAAAUUAUCUGUGAAAUUGGGACUAUUGAAUUUGAAUUAUUUUUGUUUUAAAAAAAUUGUCAAUUUUGCAAUUAUCUACUUUUUAAAAGCAUUUCUAUUAAAUUUUUUUUUUACUGUACCUUUUUUUAAUAUAGGGAACACGUGUUAUUGAUUUCGCGAUAUCGUUCGAUAUUUUUUUUUUGUUUUUUGUUUUUUUUUUUUUUUUUUUAAAGAGAAAAAUGCAGGAAUCCCAUAUUUAUGUGUAAGAAUUUGAGAAACCAUGUGAGCCAUUUGCUUUCCUAAUUCUUUUUUACAAGAACCAUAACAAAACUCAAUAUCAACAAUUCACAGAGCUUGCGAUCUUUUUUAAACACCCUGUGUUACGCACUUUUUUUACCUUUUCUAAUAUUUCGAUGAGAAUGGAUUUCGAUUAGCGAUCUUAACAUUUCUUUUUUUUUUUUCUCAUCUCAACAAUUUUAUCCUCUUUUUCUUUCUACACAAUCAUUAUUAUUCAGCAGAUCACGCGUGAUUGAAAAUAAUCGCAAAACUUCUUCUUUCAAAAAUUCACUAUAAAAAGAAAUAAUAUCCAUGAAGAGAGAGAAAGGGUGCGAUAGUUAAUUCUGCUGAAAAUGUUUUUUUUUAUUUUGGAACCUAAUUUUUUUUUUUUCUUUAUUUCCGUUCAGUCGUGUUGAAAGUUUAACGAGUUUUAACCCACAAAAAUACGAGUUGAAACUCAAGAAAGAUUAAACUCGUGAAUAGGCGAAUUUAAACUUAUUGAUUAAAACGAGUUUUUUUUUAUCUCGUUAAAUGGGGGAUAACACUCAAAAAAAAAAAAAAAAAAGAA